AGACGAUUGGCGGUCGACCGGUCGCGCUCACAUCUUCCUGGUCGUUGCCGUCGCCGAUUGCGCCUCCUCAGCACACCAGGAAAGCACCGCUCCCUCCGUCAAGAUGGCCACACACAGAGAUGCGCGGUUCCCCUCGACGCCCUACAUCGAGCCCUCGCUGGCGCCGUCGGGCCAGCCGCACGUCGACGAGGUGGGGACCACGAGCGCGCCUCUCAAGUCGGCCGCCUUCUUCCUCGGCGAGCACUGCAAGUCGUACAACGAGGACUUUAUGCUCUGCAAGAACGAGAGCAGGGAUCCGGAACACUGUCUUAAGGAGGGGAGGCGCGUCACACGGUGUGCUCAAGAUUUGAUCAAGAAGCUUAGCGAAAACUGUGGAAAGGAAUGGGAGGAUCAUUGGCAAUGCUUGGAACGACACAACCAGGAAUUCUACUUGUGCCGGAAGCCAGAGAAAACACUCAACCAAUGUGUGUUCGACAAGCUCAAAUUGGCAAAGAAGAUCCCGGGGUCACCAGAGGGACAGGCGCCCAUCCACGAGAAGAAGAACCCGAUCUACACGGGAGUGCAGCGUUAAGGAGAACGCUGUAGGGGAGGAAGGGAUAGAUUGGAAGGAGUCGGGUGUGGGCCAACGCCAAGUAGUAUACAGCUGCAUCAAUCGUGCAAUCUUGGAAGUUCCAUCCUCGCUUCCUCCUACCUCCCUCUCUGCGUGUGCGAUUCGCAAUGUGAUAAUGCAGCAAUGUAAAGUCUAUAGGCA